GAACAAUGAGGCUUGGGAGGAGAUGGAGGAAACGUUUCAUCUUGAGUCAAAAGGGCCCUCGUCUCGACGUUUCGGAUCUUGUACUAUUGCCUCACUUACUAAGGAAGAUCUUGCAAAGCGGUGGGAUCCAUAUCUUCCUCCGCCGGUUCAAAUGA